AUGUUUUGUACCCAUUGCGCUGCGGAAGUUCUCUCCAUAGCCGCGAACUUUUGUUAUUCUUGUGGUAAAGAGCUUAAUGAAAAAGCAGAUGAGACAAAAUCUGAGAUGAGUGAUGAUUCGUCUGCAGUGCCAGCAAAUGAUUUAAUAACAGAAAUGCUCAAUCGCGGUUACCGUUACGAUGUUAUUGUUCAUUUACUCGAGAACAACGGCUACAAGAUGCACUUGAGAACACUUAAAAGAAGGCUGAUUGAUCUAGGACUGAAAAGAAAAGGAAAAACAGAAAUGGACGAAUCCGAGAUUGAAUUACUUAUUAGAAGAGAAAUCGAAGGUGCAGGAAGACUUGCAGGUUACAGAAAUAUCUGGCAUGCCUUGCGUUUAAGACACCAUGUGCAUGUCCCUCGUUCUUUGGUUGCCCUUUUGAUGAAAAAAAUCGAUCCAGAUGGCGUGCAAGACAGAAGAGUCAGACGCUUGACGAGACGAAACUAUCUAUCUCCAGGACCAAAUUUUUGCUGGCAUGUAGACGAUAAGCAGUCUACCAGCAAGUCAUGAAUUUUAUAUCAGAAAUCUAAUAGGAAGAACUACGUCUUAUAGCUAAUAAGUUUUCUAGUUAUUUCAUUUUAUUUAGGCUAUUGAGGGGAUAGAAAGCUUUCGAUUCCUUAAAAACGUAGUAAUAUAAAUUAAAUAGAUUUUGAAUUGCAGCUUAAAAAAAAUCAAUGCGAUCUGCUGUCCUAUAUGUUAAAAAAAGUAUUUUACUCUUACCUGAAGCCACCCUGGUUUUUUCAAAAAGCCCAUUGAUUCAUUCUACCCAUUCAUCUUCAGGAUAUGACAAGCUCAAGUCGUAUGGAUUUCCCAUUCAUGAUUGUAUUUGUGGGUAUAGCAGGAGAAUUCUUUGGCUUGAAGUGGUGAAAUCUAAUAAUGAUCUAAGGGUUCCAGCAAAGCUUUAUUUAGACACAGUUCAAAGUUUGAAAGGUUGUCCAAAGAUUGUAAGAUCAGAUUGUGGAACAGAAAAUGUGACCUUGGCGGCCAUACAAUGUAGUCUUAGAGCGACACAUCAAGAUGAAUAUGCUGCACAUAUUCACAGGUAUGGCUCUUCUCCAGCAAACAAACGGAUUGAAGGUUGGUGGUCUUUCCUGAAACGCAGCAACUCUAGCUGGUGGAUUUCCUUUUUCAAGGAUAUGUCCAAGUAAGGGUUACUCAAUUUGGGUGACACUUUUUACUUGGAAUGUUUGUGGUUUUGCUUCGCCAAAGUAGUCCAGGCUGAUCUUGAUAAAGUUAAAGGUCACUGGAAUAGCCAUCAUAUAAGGCCUUCAAUGCAUGACACAGUCUCAGGAGUGCCAGAUGUCUUGUUCUUUUUACUUGAGUAUUCAGGAGCUACUGAUUGUCUCAUACCUGUAACACAAGCUCAAGUAAAUGAAAUGGACCAGUAUUGUGAACUUCCACAGCAUAUAGAAGAAUAUGCAGAAUAUUUUGAAUAUGUUUGA